GGGCUACGCGCACGCUGGGGCGCGUGGAGGGGCGCGGAGGGCGAUAUGAGUCUGGUGGGGGGCUUCCCCCACCACCCGGUGGUGCACCAUGAGGGCUAUCCGUUCGCCGCUGCCGCUGCCGCCGCCGCUGCCGCCGCCGCCAGCCGCUGCAGCCACGAGGAGAACCCCUACUUCCAUGGCUGGCUCAUCGGCCACCCCGAGAUGUCGCCCCCCGACUAUAGCAUGGCCCUGUCCUACAGCCCCGAGUACGCCAGCGGCGCCGCCGGCCUGGACCACUCCCAUUACGGGGGGGUGCCGCCGGGCGCCGGGCCCCCGGGCCUAGGGGGGCCGCGCCCGGUGAAGCGCCGGGGCACCGCUAACCGCAAGGAGCGGCGCAGGACUCAGAGCAUCAACAGCGCCUUCGCCGAACUGCGCGAGUGUAUCCCCAACGUGCCCGCCGACACCAAACUCUCCAAGAUCAAGACGCUGCGCCUGGCCACCAGCUACAUCGCCUACCUCAUGGACCUGCUGGCCAAGGACGACCAGAAUGGCGAAGCGGAGGCCUUCAAGGCGGAGAUCAAGAAGACAGAUGUGAAAGAAGAGAAAAGGAAGAAGGAGCUGAAUGAAAUCUUGAAAAGCACAGUGAGCAGCAACGACAAGAAAACCAAAGGCCGGACGGGCUGGCCGCAGCACGUCUGGGCCCUGGAGCUCAAGCAGUGAGGAGGAGGAGGAGGAGGAGAGUGCGAGUGAGCCAGGGCCCAGGAGCCAGAAGCAGACCCAGGACUCCGGGCAAGCUCUCCAGGCUCCGCUCUGAGGACUUCUUGCAUUUGGAAUCAUCCGGUUUAUUUAUGUGCAAUUUGCCUCCCCUCUCUUUGCCCCCCUUUGAGGCAUCCGCUCCCCACCUCCCCCUCCAAAAAAAAAAAAAAAAAAGAGUGGAUAUUUGAAGAAAAGCAUUCCAUAUUUUAAUAUGAAGAGGAUACUCCCGCGUGGUAAGGGAUCCCGUCGUCUCGUAGAUUCUGUGUGUGUGAAUGUUCCCUCACGGCUGCGUAGGCACCAGUGUUGCCCCCUCCCCACUUACUCAACCCCUUCCAGGUAAAGACAGCAGACUAUAGUGUGUAUGUGAAGUGUAUCUUUAAUACUUGGCCUUUGGAUAUAAAUAUUCCUGGGGAUUAUAAAGUUUUAUUUCAAAGCAGAAAACGGGGCCGCUAACAUUUCCGUUGGGGUCGAUAUCUAAUGCUGUCUUAUCAUCUGUGGUCGUUCCCUAUUCGAAGAUGUUUCCAACAGCUACUUGUUUUGUGCACUUCCGUCCUCUAAAACUAAGUGGAAUUUAAUUAAUAUUGAAGGUGUAAACGUUGUAAGUAUUCAAUAAACCACUGUGUGUUUUUUUUUACAAAAAAAAACCAAUCUUUUAAUGGUUGAUACCUCAAAAGAGUUUUGAAAACAAACUGUUAUACUUGUUUUCAUAAUAUUUAAAAUAUU